AUGUCUAAUCUUCCCGUUAAUACUACCUUUCCUCCACAAGUUUAUGUCUUGGAUAUUCCUACUGCUGUUGUUUGGUCGUUAAUAGGAGCUGCUAUUAUUAUAAAUAAUUUAACUGUUAUGGUUAUUAUUAUAAGUAAGAAAAAAUUAUAUACACCGACCAAUAUAAUUAUGUGUAGUAUGUUCUUUGACAAUAUCUUGUUCGCUUGCGUUUAUAUCUAUCCACGUUUUACUAAUCCGCGAUUCAUCCAAAGCUGGUUAUACUGUUCAUUGACGACCGUAGUUGGCCCAAUGUCAUUAGCCAUCAUUAACUUGCAUUUAAUGUCAGCAAGUCUCGAUAAACUAAUAGCAAUGGAAUAUCCAGUUAUGUAUAGAAAUUACUCAUCGGUUAAAGUAUCCAUAACUAUUACAAUAAUAAUUUGGAUUGUCGCUCUUUUUACGUCUUUUUUGCCUAUAUUUACAUAUCGACAAUUACGUGCUGGAGUUUGCAUACAAUGGUUAUCAGGAAAUCAACAAUAUAAGGAACAAAUCUAUAAUUAUGUUAUUAUUUGCGCAUUCUUUAUCAUUCCUAACAUAGUAAUGGUUUAUAGUUAUGUACGAGUUUAUAUGAUUGCUAAAUCUCACUCGAUUGGUGAUGAUAAAAUUAAAGCAACAUAUAAGCGGGAUUCAAGGCAUCAUUAUAAGACAGCCUACGUCUUAAUGACUCUAGCAAUAGUAUAUUUUGUGACUUGGACACCAUUUGUUGUGUGUUACAUUUUUUCAUUAGCUAUAACGCCAGAUGAUCUAAUUCAUGGGCGGUAUCCAUUUUAUCCGACAGCUGUCCGAGUUAGUCAGUAUUUAGCUUUUAGUUAUCCAGCAAUUAAUCCUAUCUUGUAUGGUUAUUUUAUUCCAACAAUUCGGCGAGUUUUUAUGAAAGUAUACCAAAGCACUUGCCAUCCUAAUCGAGUCCAUGUCCAAUCUGUUGAUGGAUUUGGAAUGAGAUCGACAUAA